AUGUCUGAGCUCGACAAUCAAAUCGCCAUCCGCCGCCAGAAGCUCGAAACUCUGCGCGCGGCCGGUAUCAAUCCCUAUCCCCAUCGCUUCGAGCACGACGCGGACACCACCGCCGUGCAUGCCGAGCACGGCGAGAAGACCGCCGAGGAGCUCGAAGAAGCUCAGAUCCGCCUGCGCGUUCCGGGGCGGGUGCUGGCGGUGCGCAAGCAAGGCAAGCUGUACUUCGCGGAUCUGUCCGAUGGCCGCCAGAAGCUGCAGCUGUUCCUGCGCAAGAACAACCUUUCGGAGGCCGAUUGGGAGCUGCUCGGCAACGUCGACAUUGGCGAUCACCUCGGCGUCGAGGGCACGUUGAUGCGCACUCGUCUCGGCGAGCUCAGUCUGGCCGGUGACCGGCUGGCGCUGUUGUCAAAGGCGUUGCGGCCGCUGCCGGAGAAGUGGAGUGGCCUCAAGGACGUCAACUUGCGCUACCGGCAGCGCUAUGUCGACUUGAUCGUCAAUCCAGAAUCGCGGCGUGCCUUCGAGGUGCGGGCGGCGAUCGUGCGCCACAUCCGGCAGUUUCUCGAUCAGCGCGAGUUUCUCGAGGUCGAGACCCCGAUGAUGCAGCCGAUUGCCGGCGGUGCCUCGGCGCGGCCCUUCGUGACCCACCACAACACGCUCGACAUGGAGCUCUUCCUGCGGGUGGCGCCUGAGCUCUAUCUCAAGCGGCUGCUGGUGGGCGGUUUUCCGCGGGUCUAUGAGAUCAACCGCAACUUCCGCAACGAGGGCAUCUCGACCCAGCACAACCCCGAGUUCACCAUGCUCGAGUUCUACUGGGCCUAUGUCGACUAUCGCGACUUGAUGGAACUCACCGAGGAGAUGCUUGCCGGCCUGGCCGAAAAAGUCCUCGGCACUACCGAGGUGGCAUGGAAAGACGCCACCCUGGACUUCGCUCGUCCCUGGCGCCGAUUCACCAUGCGGCAAGCGACGGUCGAGCUCGGUGGGGUAGACGAAGCGGCCCUGGCCGAUGUCGACAGCCUGGCGGCGGAGCUCGAACGCCGGCAUUUGGACGUACCCAAGGCGCGGGACUAUGGCCACUUGUUGAUGGCUCUUUUCGAAGCCACCGCCGAGGAGCACCUGCUGCAGCCGACCUUCAUCACCGAGCAUCCGGUCGAGGUGUCGCCGCUGUCGAAGCAAAAGCCUGACGAUCCGGCCUACACCGAGCGUUUCGAGCUCUACAUCGGUGGCAUGGAAAUCGCCAAUGCCUUCAGCGAGCUCAACGAUCCCGAGGUCCAGGCCGAGCGCUUCAAUCAGCAGGUCGCAGCCCGCGAUGCUGGCGACGACGAGGCGCACGUCUUUGACCACGACUACGUGCGAGCGUUGGAGCAUGCCAUGCCACCGGCCGGUGGUGAGGGGGUGGGCAUCGACCGCUUGACCAUGCUGCUGACCGGCAACACUUCGAUCCGCGACGUGAUUCUCUUUCCGCUGUUGCGGCCGGAGGCCGACGGCCGUUGA